AUGGACGGGGUGAAACCCACAAAAUCUGAGAAGAUAAAACCUGCUCGCACACUCUCCGAGAAAAAAUAUUCUCUGCACUACUCUUCCGUGUCGUGUCAUCGCCGCCGAUCCUUCUUUUGCCUCGCCCUCGCCUUUGCUCAUUUUGUGUAUUGGGCAAGUGAGGUUUUGGAGUUUCGGUUUGGGUGGAAGGGAAUGGGUCUGAUUGAUUGA